AUGUCAACAAACCAGCCGCCCUCACUACUGGAUAAUUCAACAUUUUUAACCAGCUUUGCAGAACAAAAACUACUUGAAAAUUUCUUACGAGGCACAAAAUUAAUGAAAGUAAUCGAAGACAAAACAGAACAAUUCAUCAACAAGUACACCGCUUCCAAAAAACCCGAAGAUGCUCGUGCUCCAAUUGUUCUCGAUUUAACUUUGCAUUACAAAGAUUUGAAAGAAAGAUCACAAACUCUUUUAUGUUUCUUGACUUUCGAACCAAUAGAAUUUUUAGAUUCAGCUAAAUAUUUAAUUUAUUCAUUGAUUAAAACGAUUGUAAAAGAUUCAUCGAACACGAUUUUAAAAACACUGCACUGCGAACAAGUUCAUGUUCGUUUUCGUUUCAUGGGAUUGCCAUUGGAAGAAGGAUUAGUCUAUGAUAUUACUCCGAAUAGUUAUCCAGGUGGUUUGGCGGUAUUGGUUUGUGUUUUGUGUGCAUAUACAGAACCUGAGUUUUAUACGAUUCAAUCAAUUUGGUACUGUACUACAGGCUGCCAAACUAACCUUAUCAAAAAAGAAGUAACUAAAGCGCCAAAUUGCUAUAAUUGUGCUCGCCCAAUGAGCGAAUAUUCGGCACUGCGUUGUAUGGGCAAAUACCGUCUACUAAAAGUAUUUCCCAUUCGGAGUGUUUCAACUCCAAGAGUAUUUAACAAAAUCUUUCGUUCUCAAAUUGUUCAUUUAAAAGGUAAAAUUUUCAAAAAAAAAAAAACAAAUACAUACUAA